AAGUCCUAAAAAUUUGAAGGAAAAAAAAAGGUUAUUGUUGGAGAGACGAGAAAGGAGAGGAGAUGGCGACGACGGUGGUGAAGAGCGCUUUGCAGGCGAUCCGUGAGAGGGGUCUCCGGACUUUCUUGAGGGACCUUGAGGAUGAAGGCUUCACGAAAUGCUUCUUCGAUGGAAACCUUCUGCAAACCAAAAUCCACAACAUAGGAGCAACACUUGUGGGUGUUGAUAAAUUCGGCAAUAAGUAUUAUGAGAAGCUUGGAGAUACGCAAAUUGGAAGACACAGGUGGGUUGAAUAUGCAAAAAAGGAUCGUUACGAUGCUUCUCAGGUACCACCGGAAUGGCAUGGUUGGCUUCACUGCAUAACUGAUCACACCGGUGAUGAGCUUUUGAUGCUAAAACCCAAGAGGUAUGGGGUUGAGCACAAGGAAAACUUAUCUGGCAAAGGUAGUGAGUUUAUCUACCAUUCGAAAGGGCAUACGCUUAACCCGGGUCAGAGAGACUGGACAAGGUACCAAUCAUGGCAACCAACCAAGACAGAGUAGUCUGAGAAACCAAUCUCUUGAUGAAUAAUAUGUUGUAUUUGUCUUAAAGUAUAGCUUUUGUGCAGGCAAGAAACUGCAAACUAUCAACUUGGUAUUUGGAUGUUGUCAAUAAAUUUCAGAUCAUCAUCUGAAAUUGUUGAGUUUUAAUCUAAAUUGAUGUUUUAGUUUAUGUU